AUGUUUGGUAAAUCAGGAGCUUUUAAACCUAGGUAUGGUAAAUCCAAUCAGUCAUAUCUACCUUUACCUGCGACAUUCAGCAGGCUCAAUCAACGUCGAAGCCUACCCUUGAUAAUACUUGGGAUCAUUGUGGUAUGGUAUCUAUUUGCCCCGUUCUCGAUACUAUCAAUUCUUUUCCAUUCAUCUUCAGUACCUCAUUACCCACCAGCACAUCCGUACUCAAGUAAACACGUAAUUGAAAACCAGUCAAAAUACAUUUAUCCACCAGUUGAACAAGCACCACUUUUGAAGCAAUUAACACCGCAAAAGCUUGUACACCAAGCCAAAAUAGGCGACAAGGUGGUUCUUCAACCCUUGAGUGCUCUUGAUAACCCAGAUCCAGCUGUACAAAAAUUGAGAGAAAAAGACGAAAAUGAAAAGGAUCAGUUUAUGAAGGCUAAAAACUUUUUCAAGAAUCAAGACCGCAUUGUCUUUAAGCCAAAGAGUUUAAAAAAUUAUCCUGAAGUGAUUAUUGUUACUGCUGUUGAUUUCGAAAAAUAUUCUCUCAACGGGUUGGCCAAAAUUGUUCAAAAUCGUGUUGACUAUGCCCAUUUUCAAAACUAUGGAGUAUAUGUUCGUUGGGCUCAGGAAUUCAUUCCCCAAUUCAACUCCAUUUCUGCUUUGACAGAUAAGGAGAGAUCGAAAUGGGUUCGUUUGUUUUGCGUUCGUGCUGCCAUGUUUGCAUUCCCACAUGCCAAGUGGUUUUGGUAUCUAGACGAGAAUGGACUCAUAAUGGACAUGACGGUGAAUAUUCAAAAGAAAUUACUUAAUCCAGAGGUAUUAAAUCCGCAGAUGUUGAGAGAUCAACCCUUGAUACCAAAAACCGGUGUAAUUAAGACUUACAAGAGUAUUAGAGCAGAAUCCACACAAUUAAUACUAACUCAAUCCGACAAGAAGAUUGAGACAACAUCAUUUAUUCUUAAAAAUGGCCCUGUUGGUAAAGCAGUUACCGAGAUAUGGAGUAACGAACUCUACUUGAAUUAUCAAAGCUUCCCAUAUGGACCUGAUUCCGCACUAACUCAUCUUCUACAAUGGCACCCAUUUGUGUUAAGCAAAACAACUUUAGUACCAGCAAAGACAAUUUGUGCUGCACAUUCGCAAAACAAUGCUAACGAUUAUACUUAUGAGGAAGGAGAUCUUGUUGCUCAAUGGAGUGAAUGCAAACUGAUUUCCGAUUGUGAAGAGGUAUUGAAUGCGUAUCAGGCAAAAGUAAAAAAACCUUGA